ACACCGACCUGAGCUUCACUGCCCCUCAACUUCACCUUUCCAACUGCACUUCAUCCCAGGCGAUCUCGCACUUUUGCUUGUAUCAAACCUGAAAAAGUCUACCUCGUCUCCCUCAGAUCGCUCUGCGAGCUUCAUUGAUUGAGCAAGAGCUUUUCCUAGUUUCGUGCUGCAUGACCUAGCCGCACCGAGUUCUCCCCAAACCAUGGACGACCAUGAAGAGCGCAAGGACCCCAGCAUUUUGGGGGAAGGAGAUCUGUCUUCUGAAGGUAUCUCUGAUCUACUGAAGCGAGGAAACGAAGUCGAGGUUUUCGAGUGCGACAGAUCUGGAAAUGUGCGCUCCAAGUGGCUUCACAAGCCUGAUCAUACAAUCUUCUCAACUACUCAUGACAGUUCGUCGACCUACUUCUGGCUGUCUAUCUCUGCCAUCCGUCAGGCAAUUUACGACUCAUUCCUACCUGUCGGGUACCCUCACUCGGUAUCCGAAGACUACCUCGCCUACCAGUUCUACGAUUCCCUGCAAGCCUUCUUCUCGACUAUAACCUCGCUCCUCGCCAACCGCGCUCUCCUACAGGGCCUUGGCGUCGGCGAUGCCAACUCCUCUGCCACAUUUGCCAUGAUGCUCACAAUCCUCAAAGAUGCGAUGUCCAGAAUCGCUACGAUUGUGUUCGCCCAUCGCUUUGGCCUGCGCAUCGAACCAGACGCCAAGCGAUACCGCUUCUUGGCCGACUUGUUCAACGACACGGCCUUCUUCCUGGAACUGUACAGUCCUUACUUUGGACCUUGGGGCAAGGUUGUAGCCCUGAGCACCGGCGAGGCCCUACGCGCGCUGUGCGGUGUCGCUGCAGGUGCUAGCAAGGCCGCUUUGAGCGUGCACUUUGCCAAACACGAGAAUCUCGCCGAACUCAACGCCAAGGAAGCCUCACAGGAGACAGCCGUGGGAUUGGUGGGCCUGCUCGUGGGAACUGUCGUCGUCAAGUUUGUGGAAGGCCAUUCGGCCGUGCUGUAUCUCAUGGUGGCCUUGGUCUUUGGUCACUUGUGGGUGAAUUACCUGGGUGUCUGUUGUGUUGCUAUGAGCACAAUCAACAGGCAACGGGCGACACUCAUAUUUGAGCAGAUCCGGAAGAAUGGAACCGUCCCGUCGCUUCGUGAGGUUGCGCAGAAGGAGAACAUCCUGUUCUGGAAACCUGUCUUGAAGAACCAGGAUGGGACCGUCGUUGGUACCUUGUCCAUGGCUGAGAGCUACGGUCAAGCUCUCUCCGUACCCCCUGGCGGCCAGGUUAGGGUCAUUGAUGGUAUGGGCUUUACCCUGUUCGCCAACGCGCAUGCGCCUGACGGCCAUCUCGACUUGCGCAUCCUACUGCACACCGACAGCACUCCCAUGCAAGCCCUGGAAGCAUGGUUCGCGGCACUGGAAAUUGGUCUGCACACCAAGCUUUCCAACCCGCACGCUGUUCUGGCAGCUCUUCAUCAGCCCAAAGGCUACGCAGCUGCUUCGUCGCACGCGAUAGCUCAGGCAGGAUGGAACACGGAAACCCAGUCACUGGAGACGGACGCGCCUAUCAGGCUUGCCCUGAGGGCUGCCCACCACAAGGAGGAGUAACCAUGAGGUGACGAUGAAACUGCUCAUCGAGUUCGGUGGCUCUGGUAAUGGAAGGUUUGCUAGAGCUGAGAUCAGCAAUAAGAAUACAGAUACGUACACGAAAUGGCCGUCGUAGAAUACAUCCUUCCCGACCCAACAAUAUGCCCCAAACGCCCGCAAUGCUCUAUAUGCAGCUUUAUGUUAUUGAUACAUCCGUCUUGGUGACCUAGCAGGCAUCAUGCCAGGCCGGUCCACCUCAUAGCCCUCAUUUUGACGCCCUCCCACGUGUUCAACUUCGGUCUCACAUCGAGGUAGAAGCUGGGCCCUGCCUUGCCGUCUCCCCGGCCGGAGUAGAAGUCGAUGACAUAGUCGACCCUUGUGCCACAGCGGUCAAUGACCCAAUCGUGUCUAUCAAAGGGGGCUGUAUAUCCGAGGACUGUGUUGAUACGGGCUGUCGGUGUCAUUCGCUCCAUCUUAUUGGCGAAGCUCUCCAAUUUGGGGCCGCCGCAUCUGCCAUCG